AUGUCGGAACUCGAACUCUUCCCUUCAGACAAUGAGCUAGAAGCUCCCCAGCAAGCCACCGGCUCUAAAGCAGCUUCCUCUGCUGACCCCAUGGCACCUCCUUCUCAACCGGGAUGCAGCGCCGAGCCCGAGGCCUCAGCGCGCGGGCGAAGACGAAAUAGGCCGGAUUCGCACACACCUCGAAGUCUCCGUUCACCUCCUCCAUCGAGACAGCCAAUCCAAUCACCAUCAACAUCACAUGCAUCGGCUUCACCAUCCAUCCCACCCAUUGGAAAAUGGACCGUCGCAGGACUAAGACAAGCGCUGUCAAAUUCGGAUGUCAGGUUUUCUCGCAACAUGAGCAAAGCUCAACUCUACGAGCUUUAUAGCACACUAGGAAAUAAUCCACCUACCUCCAAAAAGGUAACCAAAGCCCACAGGUCUAAACAACGUAUCACACAAAUGUCAUCUUCUUCCAGCUCAAGUUCCAGCUCCCCCCAAGCGUCAGGACAUAGCAGAUCAUCAGCAGGUCGGGGCCACGCCCCAAACUCGGCCGCUCCUCCCAUCGCACUGCCUCCCUCUUCACAACCUAUCUCUGCAGCUCCUUCAGCUGCCUCGCCGCAUGCAACAGUGCCUACGGGCGCGAAUUUCCAACCUCCACUGCUUUCUACUUUACCUUCGGCUGCAAAGACUAGCGCGAGGCUGCCUCCGCUAGCCGCUCAAGCUCAGCCUCCUUACUUUUACCCCUCCACUUUUUCUUUCCCCCACCAAUGGCCAGCAGCCCCAGUUGCAGACACCCAAGCUGGGAAUCCUCAGCUAGCAACACAAGCAGGCUGGCCUCCUUCCUCCUUUCCAUCUUCCUCUUUCUCUCCUUACGGGCUUCCCCAGGCACCGGGGUUCAAUCCAUGCGUGAGGAUGCCUCCGCAAACGGGUGCAACCCCUCCCUCAUUUCCGCCUUUCUCCUUCUAUCCUUCGCCCUACGGGCCGACCCCAGCUCCAGGGGAUAAUCCGUGCGUGAGGAUGCCUCCGCAAACGGUUAUGGCCCCUCCUCAUCUUCCUUCCAACUCCUCUACCCAAGCUAAACCGCAGUAUACUCUAUUCACAGCGACCCCUCUACAUACUCCACCUAAUGCCGCCGCUAUGGAGCCACCCCCCGUGCCUAGUUCCAUCAAAUCACAGAUUCUCACAGAAAUUCAGAACGCUGGCUCCGGAAGCAGACACAUCACCAACCCCAGUUCCUCUCUAUUCACAACUCAUAUUUCCAUAACGCAUCCCCUCAAACCCCUUCUCGACGCAUCCAUCGACUCUAUCCUACAUGCAGUUUCUCCCAGAACCAUCCAGUCGUAUCUCACAGCGUGGAGAUGUUUUAAAACUUUUCACCUCUCCUAUCAUUUGCCAUUCCCCGAUUUUUCUCUCCUCUCAAUUACUUCAUUUAUUUCCUUCCUCAGUACCGCGAAGAACCUCCAGGCAAGUUCUAUUAAAGGUUACUUAAGUGGCGUUCAAUUUUUCCAUAAACUAAUCCACGGCUUCCCCUCCUCCGUGAUAAACAAUUCGCAAACUUCUCUUUUAAUCAAAGGAAUUCAAAGAGCUCGCCCAUCAAACCCGGAUUCCAGACAACCCAUAACUCUGGACAUCCUCACAAACUGCAUCCAAAAGCUCCGCACAGGGUAUCAUUCGAUCCAUACCGCUCGUACCCUAGAUGCCAUGUUCCUAUUGGCUUUUUUCGGCUUUCUGAGAUGCUCAGAAAUUGCAAUUACCUCGAAAUUCAACCCCAAACUCCAUCCGACAAUCUCUGAUUUGUGCAUACGGGAUAACGAAACCAUCGCUUACUCCAUUAAACAUAGUAAGACGGACCAAGAAAGGAAAGGCCACUUCAUAUACAUUUUCAAUCUCCCAUCUCCAAUUCAACCUUAUCAGGCUCUCGUCUCUUAUAUCCAGUUCAGGAACGCCCAAUCCAAAUCCGCACUGGACCCUCUCUUUGUCGACGACUCCAACCAUCCCGUUACACGUUUUUGGUUCCAAAAACAUUUAAAGCUCAUACUUACGCAAUCAGGCUUUCACGCAGAAAAUUUUUCCGGCCACUCAUUCCGCAUUGGGGCAGCAACUACAGCAGCUCAGAAAGGACUCUCCCAAAAUCAAAUACAGGCUCUGGGUCGUUGGUCAUCAGAAGCUUUCAAAAGUUACAUCAGGUACAAUCAAAGCCACAUAAAGGCAGCCCAUGCAGCCCUGAUCAGCUAAUAGAUUUAAAAAAAAAAAAAAAAAAAAAAAAA